GUACCGUCUGCGCCUCCGCAGACCACCGUCUCCCCUCCUCCCCCGCCGCGACUACCGACGCGUCGAGCCAUUCGCUCAGCCCGUUGCAGCGAGCAGCUUGCUACUCGCGAGGACGUUGUGUCCUCUCUUCUGGACUUGAGCAUGCUUCAGGCUCGUCAGGAGCGAUUCAUCCUCCAUGUCGCUGCACCGCGUCGCCUUCUCGCCAUCCUCUCUGACCCUGAUCGCACCCUCCCGAUCAUCCCCGUACGACUCGGGACCUCCACGAGGGUGUACUCARCGCUGUGGSAUUYCGGUUCUCARRGCGAYUUMRUUCACCCACGHRUGGUGAAGRAARYCCRCUUACCCACGACAGGGUCUCCGACUCCCAUCUCCGUUACCCUAGGGGAUGACAAGACCYAGCGCUUCUUCGAUCAGACGGUCACCGACCUCCCCUUCUUCCUCACUCUCGAGCCGACUGAGCGUUCCCCGGCGUCUCGUCGCCACAGCUCCUCUGCACAUUUCGAUGUGAUGGACACGGGGUACGACUUCAUUCUCCUCACUCCGUGGUCUCGUCGGAUCCGCAGACCCGAGGCCGAUUGGGCGACCGACACUCUCGUUCUCAAAACGAAGUAUGGACAAAUUUAUCGCGUACCUGUCAUAGGUACCAUGGCGACACAACGCCCCGAUCCUCCUCCCCCGGAGCCUUCAGUGCCCACACCAUCUCCCUCUAUCACUGUCACCUCGCCUCGGCAGUUCGCGAACUUCAUUCGACAGGACAACAUCACCUUCUUUAUGGUGGACGUGACGAAUCUCUUACACUAUGAUCCACCCUGUCCCGACGCCGAGCUCAUCCCUCUGCAGCCAGAUCCUCCCUCUAUCUCCAUGGCUCUCAUCUCUACUUCCGUCCCUCCGCCGUCCGUCGAGUCCACCCCGCCGUCGCGCGCUGACGCUGACGCUGAGGAACUCGCACAAUAUACGGCUGACUUGGAGCCCGCAGUUCGUCACCUCAUCCGAAAGUACCGCGACAUUUUCCCAUCGUCGUUCUGGUACGCCUGCAUCCCACCGAUGCGUGACGUUGAGCACUCCAUUCAGCUUGUGCCUGACUAUCGUGUUCACCACCAGGCACCCUACAGACUCUCGAUCCCCGAGGCCACCGAACUCAAGCGUCAGCUCAGGGAGCUACUGAGACUGGGUUUCAUUAAACCCAGCAACUCCCCGUGGGGUGCACCCCUCCUCUUUGCUCGCAAAGCGGACGGAACUCUCCGUCUCUGCAUCGACUAUCGCAGUCUCAACCGCUACACGGUUAAAAACAGUUACCCCAUGCCUCGUUCCGAUGAGCUGUUCGACCGCCUAGCAGGCAACCGCUUCUUUACGAAGAUUGAUCUUCGUAGCGGUUACCAUCAGAUCCGCGUCGCUGCAACCGACCAGCCGAAGACAGUGUUCCAAUCGCGCUUCGGCCACUACGAGUUUACGGUGAUGCCAUUCGGCCUCACCAAUGCACCCGCUACCUUUCAGAGGGCGAUGAACGACAUCUUCGGGGACAUCCUGGAACAGUACGUUCUCGUCUACCUCGACAAUAUCCUGGUCUACAUUCGUAACCUUGAGGAGCACCUCAGACACCUUCGCGACGUCCUUGACCGCUUGCGCAGACAUGGCUUCUACGCCAAGCUUAGCAAGUGCCGCUUUGCCCAGCACAAAGUGGAUUUCUUAGGACACUACGUGUCUGACCAGGGUCUCCACAUGGACGACGCGAAGAUCACUGCUAUAUUGCGGAGUGGUCCGCCCCCACAUCCGCCAAGCAGCUUCGCAGCUUCCUAGGCCUGACCAGCUACUAUAGUAACUUCAUCCGGGGAUACUCUAUCGAUUCCUACGUCCUUACCUCCACCCUCCUCCGGAAGAACCCACCCUGGGCUUGGACACCCCUCCACGA